UGAACCCGCCUAUGAGUCAUUUCCGGUCAGGCUAUUUUCACAUUCAGUAAAAUGGCAACGCCGAGCAGUGGCACUUCCCGGCGUUUAGUCCAGUAUGUGAUCGUCCGAUCAGACCUGAUACACACUUUAUCAUGGCCUUUAGGGGCGGUUAUAACUCAAGCCUGUCACGCGGCCACUGCUGCCAUUCAUUUACACUACAGUGACCCUGAAACUCAGGAGUAUCUGGCAGAACUGGACAGCAUGCACAAAGUAGUGCUGCAGGCACCAGACGAGGCAUCCCUCAACACUCUUUCCAGUGCUCUACGUGAAAAAGACAUUGCACAUAAACUGUGGAUGGAGCAGCCAGAGAAUAUCCCCACAUGUUUGGCGUUGAAGCCCUACCCUAAAGAGACCGUGCAGCCAUUUCUAAAAAAGUUCAAGCUUUUCAAGUGAAUUGUGCAUGAAUGGUGCCAUGUUCUGAGAUGAACUGAACAAUGUAAACCUAAAGAGUGGUCAGAAUGGAAUUUGGCUGAAUGAACCUGCUAAAACAGCCUUAACAUCACAUCUUUGAAUUUCAUCCACAUUUUGUCUUGAUGUAUCUUUGUGGCAAAUGAUUAUUCACCGAAGUUGUGUUAGAAAUGUAAGUUCUUUAAUAUCUAACAUGAAAACGGAAUGUCUUUAUUCUGCAUUGUGGGUGGUAAUAAAGUUCUUAUUUGUCGGCAAUGGA